UUUUGCGCAGGAAGUGUAUUUUCACGAUAAAUGGGCCAGCCAAAAAAGAAGAUAAAUGCAAAAAUAAAGCCGUAUUCAUGCAACGAAAGCAUAUCUGUAUCUGAGGGAAGGUCUAUGGACUAGAACCGUUCGAUAUUUCUUGAUAUUAAGUGGUGACUUUGCCUCAUUUCAGACGCAAACCGAACCAAAUGUUGACACCUCGAAACCGGAGCAGAUUGGAACGUAAACUAAUUUGAGGUCAACCUACUUUUUACAGUGACAAACCAUAAAUAAAUGCAUAUCAAAGAAAAGAUUCUGUGAAUUGAUUAAUCCGUACAGAACUCAAAAUGUUGUUAUUUUGUUUAAUGAGUCAUUCUGCUCACACGGGUCUGAUUGGAUAAAUUUUGGAACUGGUUUAUCAUUUUGUGGGAAAAAACAACAAACGAAGAUGGAGGUUGACCCACCUUCAUCAAACAACAUUUCAACUCCAAUUCAUAACCCAAAUCCACAUCAUGGGUUACACAGCCAUGACCUUGAAAGUGCUAUGAAUGGCAAUGGUAUUCCAGCUCCAGGCGCGCUGAAGCGUUCAAGCAGUGCACCAAUGAUAAAUAUUCUUGUGUCUACCUCAGCUCUUGAAAUCAGUCCACCAAACACUUUCACCUCAGCGGACUCUCAAAGAACAAGAAGGUUUAGUUCAAGCUCUAUGACCCUUCAUAAUGCUGCCUUGACACCGGUUAAAAUUGCUGAUAGGCUUAAUCAACUGAAGCAUGAAGAGAGUGAGAUCGUGGUCAGAGACAUACAAAAAGAAAGAGAAAUUCGCUCUGCAAUACAGAUAUCAAACUCAUGGAAUGAAAAAAUCAGCAUAGAUGAGCCAAUGAUAGCAGACAGUACACACCGACGACCAAGAUCAUUCUCCGAGAGUCUCCACAUUUUCACAUCUCCCACCAUGAUUAUAGGUGCUCCAUCGCCCACAAGAACAGGCAAGCAAUGUUUUUCGCCAUCGAUGCAGGCACAGAUAAAGAACCACACAUUUACACCUAGUCCAAGCCCUAGUCCAACCAGAAAGUCUUUUAGCAGGAGUAUCAGCCCAAUAACGUCUGGAACGUUAAUAAGGCCAAGCCCCUUGGGAAAGAGAAAAUUGGAGCCUGACGGAGACAGCAGACUGGACUACAUGAGCCCGCCCAAGAAGUUCCACACCGGGCCCAGCACCCCGGACAGACUCCUGCCACAUCCACUGGCUCACAGUGUAUCAUCAAGCAGUUGUGAAGGAAGCAGCCCUGAGCAGACAAUUCCCCGUGCGGCCAGUAUACAUAAUGCCAGGCUGAGUUCCGGCAUGCAGCCCAACAUGUUCUUCAUGCCCCUACAGGAUACACAAGAGAUGCAAACCACAGAUUCAGAGACGUCUGAUGUGACAGAGUCUACGGACAUGUCCGAGGUUGGGGAGUCAAGUUCAUCGGGUCUUCUCCUGACCGCGGCUCAGGGACCCUCCCACGGCGUUGUACAUACUUACUCCAGCCACUUGUGACACAGGCUUGCUGGACAGGGAGAUCUGGGAGGCUGGUCUUGAUUAUUAGUUGUUACCCUUGAUAUUUGUUAUCUUUUGAAUUUCUAAGACUUGGUAGCUAUUAGGACUUCUGAUUUGUUUAACUAUUGUUGUUUAUAAUUGAUCUUAGAAUGUUGUUGUUUUUGUAUGUCAACAUAUAUUACUGCUUUUGCAUCUAUACAGCAAUUCAUGCAUACAUGCACUUCUGUGAACGUACAUGUAUCAAUAGUUGCAGUACCGACCCUGAUUUCUGGAAACUUCUUAAGCUUAAUAGACUUAAGUAGCUUUAUAUUUUGUUAAGCAAAACCUUAACCUGAUUUUAUUCAAUAAAACUUAGUUUUUCUUGGUUAUCAGACUGAUAACUCCAAUAAAAAGUUAUUAAAAAUAACUUCCAAGAAAGUAAAUACUUUACAAAUUUUAGAAGAACAAAAAUAGUGAGCUUAGCGUAAUCAUAUUAUAACAGACUUAAUUAGUUUUGAGAAAUCAACCCUUAGCAUGUUAACUUUAACUUACAAAUACCUGGAAAUAUCAGUGAUACAUAGUUGUACUGCCAUGUUGAAUGCCACUAUGUGUGUUAAGAUCAUGAAAGUUCCUAAUAGUUUUCAAGUCUGGCUGUUGUUUCUUUAAAUGUGCUACUUACGAUAUGCGUGUCAGUAUAUAUUGUCUACUGAAUGCAAUAACUGCAUAAAGAAAUAGAAGCAAGUAUUGAGUUCUGGCAUUAAGAUGACGUUAAAUAGAUUCAGUGCUGUUAGUUAAUGAUUUUACAGAGAAUUUGUGUCAUUGUUAUGUACAUAUAGAUCAAGGGAUGGUCAUAUGAAGUUGUAAAUUAAUGGCAAUAAAUGUUCAGACAAAACUGAUUCAUGCAUGUUGGUCACUUAAAAUUAUUAUAUUAGAUAUAAUAUAACUUCCAUAAUACUUUAAAUUCAGUCUUAAACAAAAUAAACUGAAGCACCCACCCUUUAUGUUGUAUUUAAGAAAAUAUUAUAUGAUCAUAAAGGUGUCUUAAACAGAAAAAAAAGCCAAAUGAAACCUUACAUAUUGUCCCUAUUUUCUGCCAAUCUGCCCUCAUAUAAAUAUUCAUGAAUGUUAAAGCAAUGUACCAUUAUACUAGUCAUAUAAAAAAAACUUGAAUACACAAAUGCACAUUAAAUUGAACCAUAAAUAUGAUAACUAUCGAGGGCAGUUGUUAUCUGAUUAAGGCGUCAAAUCGAUUAAAACACAUGUUACCUUCAAAUUAAAUAAAAUAUUUUGUUAACGAGAGUUGCUUAAACAUCAUGUAUGUAUUACAGUUUUGCCUGAAGUGUUUAUAGGCUAUUGAUUUAUAGUAAAAUCAGGUUCAUUUGUAAAUAUAUACUUUUUUGUGGCGAUUUCUUUGAUGCGCAUUUAUCAUUUCAUUGUAUUCAUAUUCUGAUGACUGCAACAUCUGAAAUACCUCUCCUACUAAAAAAACGAUGCCGUGUGAUUGGUCAAUUGACAACGCUUGCGAUUGGUCAAAUGAAGUUUUAUCGCGGUUAAAAGAAUGUCGAUAAAACCAUUACCUCAUUGACGCUAUCACUGUUCAAACAGCCGAUUUCAUAUGAGGGCUUUUCCAUUUAAACAUAUAAGGCACUUUUAAACAUAUAACCUCCAGGGGGGAGGCAGGGCUCUCGCGAGGGGGCGACUUGGGCGAAGUGGUCGCCUAAAUUUCCCAGACUUCGCCCAUUUGUGCACUUUUAAAAUGUACCACGCCCUGACAGAAGCAAAUUGACCCUUUUGGGGUCAAAAUUAGUGAAAAAAGAAACCCACCCAUAUACUAUUUAAACAAUUGCCUUCCCUCGUGGGUAAUAUGUUUUACUGUAAUAGCCCUGAUGCAUAAAUGUCUGUGAAGCAUUAUUUUUCAAUGUUUUAUUAGAAUUAUUGUAUAGAAAUUUUGCAAUUGUUGAGUGUAAAUAUAAAUAUUUAAUAUUUGAGAAUUUAAGUUCAUCUCUGUAUGAAAACAUUAGCUCAGUGCCUGGAUAAUUGUUUAAUCCUUUGCUAACCUUGCCCUCAAGGGUGAGAGUGAUCUAGUGGUCUAGGAGUCCACCUCUCAGUCAAGAGGUUGUGGGUUCGAUCUCCACCAGGGGUACUUUCUCAUGUCCUCAAAAAAGUACAUGGUACUGGUUUUUGCCCCGGAAACAGAUAGUGAUGUUUCAAGCUAUCAGUUUUCGUCACAAUCAAGCUGAAAUAUUUAGUAUAAUCCAAUCUUGCACCAACCAAAUAAUUUCAUACAGCGAUGAACUGCAAUUCUUAAACAUUAAAUCCUGAAGUACAUUUGCCGAUUGUAAUUUAGAGAUAUUGAUUAUUUCAUUUAAGCUGAAAGUGUUCAUUUUUUGCUGUGACUGUUAUGUGUAUAAGCUUUAGUGAUAAAUACAUUGUUAUCACUGUACAAUUCAACAUACUAGUACAUGUACAUACUGGUAGGUUACGCAGAUUGCUUGGCCAAAUAUUCAAACAAAUAUGUUAAAGUCUGUUUUUGACUUCUUUAUGUACUUAAGAAUAUGUAAAAUAUAAUAUAGAGGGGGUGGGGGGUAAAUAGUUGCCAGAAUUUUAGCAUAUGUUAUUAAUACUCAAAAUUUGCUAAGCAACACCAGUGUUUAAUUUUAACAUGUCCUCAUUAAAGCUUCCAAUUUUUAAGUAAUUAUGGAUUUCAAAUGUAUAGACAUUAAAAACAUAGUGGAAUAUUAAUUAACAUGUAGAAAUGAUUAAGAUUGAUUAGGAACUUUUAAGUUAAAAAAAAAUCUAAAAUGAUCUCGUGAAAUUUAAAAUAUUUCUAAAAGGACCUUGCAAAAUUAAGAUAAUCAACAGUUGUUGAUUUUCAUGAUAUUUUUGAAGCUGUUUCUAGCUUACUAAAGUGUGCUUGAUUGUUAUUAGAGUAGAUAUUUCAUACAAGGAAAAUCAGGCAUUACAAGUUAUUUAAGGAAAUGCUAUAAAAUGUCUUUUUUAAAAAGUCACAAGUAUUAUAAAACUUAUUUAACAACUAUCUAGUUGCAAUAUUUUAACAAUGUCUUGCCCAGAAAUCAAGUAUUAUUUCCAGUUGAGAAUAUGUCAUUUGUAAUUUUGAAAUGGUGUGUUAAAGGGACUAGACACCAGAUGAUACAAUUGCAAGAAAACAAGAAAAUUAUCAAAAACAUAAAAUUGACAUUGUUGUAAUAACAACGCAAUGAAUCUUAAGUUCUGAUGUAUAACAUGGCUUAUGACACAUGUAUCUGUCACAGUUUUGCGCAUUUUUCCAAUUCCAAUUUAAGUUAUUUUGUUGACCACGUAAAUCCCAGUCAGUUUAAAAUAGCAUUGGUAUUUUUAUCUGUACUCUUAAACAGAUAUGAUUUUAACUGGGAAACAAUUAUGUGCUAUUUUCAAACAGGGAAACUCAGAGGAGACAGCAACAUUAUUGUUACAUUUAUUCUUUUAAUCAUGAAAAAUGAUGUAUUAUCACCCUCCUAUUAGCUUGCAUUGACAAUUCCAGGCUUGUUUUGAGGAAAUACUGUAAUUGCCAUUUUUGGACCGUCUGGAGUCUAGUUCCUUUAAAUUAACAUGAUUCUUGAUUGAACAUCUUUUUUAGACCAUUUUCAUAUUUUGGUUAUUCAUUUAUGAUUAUGAAGAAUGAUUCAAUCAGUUAUUGUUAUACAUGUGGUUAUGCUGAGGAUAUUUCUUAGUGCCACAAACCUGUUUUGUAGGAUGGGUUGGGGGAAGGCAUAGGGUAUAAAAGUUGUAACCUGUAAAUGUCUGUUAUCAGGCCAUAAUUUAUGAAUCGUUUGUUUGGUGUUUCCCGACCCAUAUUUAAGGAGUGUGUAGGUAGGGAGGUUUUGUGAAUGCAAGGUAGUCUUCCGUUUGGCUUGUAUCUUAAUCAAACUUAAACAGUUGUUAGUUAUCCAUGAGAGCUCGGUUCCUUUCCUAAACCAGCCAGAUCAGCCCAUGCAUGACUGGAUUAUGGCCAUUGAAAUGUUCAAAAUUGCUAUGAUAGAGCUUUACCCUAAAUUCCGUUAUGAAAAACAAAAAAUAUGACCACUGGAGUGGGCUAAAAAUAAUCAACCUUAACAGGUUUUGUUUUGUUUUUUGAGUCGGGAAACGUGAAACAAACUAUUUGUUAAUUGUGGCCUCAUUCUGUUAUUAUUUUGCUUUGUACUUGUUCACCGCCUAGCUGGAACUAGGAACUCGUGAAGUUAUACUUUGUGUUGUGAGUGUAUACCCUGGUGAAGUAUUGGGUUAGAAUAUAUUUUGAAAAUAAAGCCAUUGCUUUUUUGUUGAUCAAUGUAUUCUUUCAAACUGUGGUCGUUUUCUAAAUGGCAUUAAAACGUGACCAUUUUUCAUUCAACAGUAUUUGCAUGAAAGGUCAGAUAAAAAUAUUUAAUGGAUUCUCAUCUUUUUAAAAAUGUGUCAGGUAGGUGUAUUGUAAAACUAUUAAAAAGUGUGUGGAAUGUUGAAUUGUUUCCCCAUUUACAACCACUAAAUUUAAGAACAUAUUUUUGUAAGUAAAACAUCAGUGUUUUGGGACAGGUGUUGAGAAUCUUAUCUUAAAACUAUUUCUUCUCUGGCCAAAGCAUAUCUAAAUACUUCAUAUGCUUUUUACUCUGAAUGAAACUGUAUUCAAUGUUAGCAUAGUAACUGGAAUUCUGACAUGUUUUUUCUUAAAAUGUGCUUACAAUACUCAUUAGGAAUCUGGUUACAUGCUACUAUGAGCUGACCUUAAUUUCAAUUUGUAAGUAGAAGUACUUUACAUUCUUUCAGGUGAAAUUUAUAGUGCUAUAACGCAUGUGUAAGUGUUCAGUAUGUGUACUGUAUUUUGUAUUUCUGAAAACAUUUAUUCAUACAAUGUACUGUGAAAAUAAUAUUUCAGAAAUGGAACGCCCUAUUUUCCAUAUUUUUGAGGUUUUGAACUUUCAUCGAUGAUAAUGUGAAUUUGGCCUUAUACAAGAGACAAACGCACAGAAAUAAGGUUAACCUUAUGUAUUGAAUGUGUAUUAUAAUAUAAAAACAUAAGCAUGUCUUCUGUUUGGCUAGAUCUUAUGUACAUGUAUUAUCGUUUUUACUAGAUAUCUUGUGACCAUCAGUGGCUGAUAAACCAUGUUGGCUUUUGUUGUUGAAUUUAUCAAUAAUUGUACAUGAAUUUGAUUUUUUUUUUACUUUUUUCUGUUAUUUUUCUCUUAACUUAAAAUACUGGUAGUACCAUAUAAGGUAUUGUUUAUUAUUUGUCUCCAAUUAGUUACCAAAAAUGUUUGUAAAUACCAUGCCCUAUUUUUGUAAUAACUGGAAUUGUGAAUGAGCCGUGAUAAUUAUGUAAAUAUUGUUGUUAAAUAUUUAGUUAUGUAAAAUCAAUGUUUAUGUAAAAUAAA